AUGCCAGCCUUCAAUAAGCGUAGACCCGCCGAGAAGGUAGGUUGUCACGUAAAGAAAAGUUUGAAGUCUGAACGUUGUUUUGAUGUCGGAAUUCCGAGGGCGAAGAAUGGCGGCCGUCAAUCUACUUGGAAAAUCGUCCAGAAAAUUGGACCGGCAAGAGAAGAUGAUCAACUGGCCAAAAGUGUUGAUGAUCAGCUGUCCCCGAAAGCUCUACGUGCUGCCAAGUUGAAGACCCGAUUCGCUGAUACUAUCCUGAAAGCGAAAGGGAAAUUACUUGAUCAAGAUUAUAAAGAUGAUCUUAUGAGAUUACAGAAGGAAAAAGAAAGACUACAAAGGCAGCAGCGUGAAGAGAUGGUCAAGAUUGAAGCCCAAAUCAAUACUGUUGAAAGGGACUUGAAAUUGCAGCAGCGGGAGAGGGAAAGAGAAGCUGCCAGAAUCGCAUUAGAGGAGAUAGAAAAAACUGUUGAGAUUGAUGAUUUUUUUACGGUCUUAAAAGAUUUUGAGCAGUUAAUUGGUCAUUCGCUACCCAAUCAAAGAGUGGUGUGGGCUGGUUUUAGAAGGCAUUGA